AUGCAGGAUUCAGGUGUACACAUGCCGAGGAAAGGAGGUAGUAAAUUCACAACGGAACCAUGGCACAAGUCCUCAGGCUCACGACUACGAAGCGAAGAUUCAGAUUCGGAUACAGAACGAGACUAUAGAUCGCACUCGCGCUCAGACCCGUCCUCCCAAUCUCGACCAGAGCGCGGACGACACAGAACACGAAGUCCCCACAGUCGCCCAAAUGGUUCCGUGAAAACCCUGGACAGUGCUCCACCAAUCCCCUACUGGUCCGCAAAACGACAUUUAACCUGCGGAAAUCCGACUCCGGGACCGCCAUGGUCUCAGAAACCAGUGCAGUGGAGAGGAUCGACUCCCGGGCGUCUCAAGACCGCAGCAGCAGCGCUUGUGAUGUGCCUCAAUAUUGACGUCGACCCACCAGACAUUGUCAAGACCAACCCUUGUGCCGUUUUAGAAUGCUGGGUCGAUCCCCGUACUAUGCCCACCCACAAAGCUUUGGAACACAUUGGUUCAAAUCUCCAGCACCAAUUCGAGGGCCUCAGUCUGAAGAUCCAGUACAAACCUAUCCUUGAUCCCUCCUUCGAAGACCUCAAGCGUUUUGUCACUCAAUUGCGCCGUCAAGCGGGUCAAGAUGCGUUGCUAUUCUAUUAUAACGGUCACGGUGUCCCCAAGCCUACAGCGAGUGGCGAACUCUGGUGUUUCAACCGAAACUACACUCAAUACAUACCGGUGUCCCUACAGGAGCUGCAAUCGUGGGUGGGAUCGCCGGGAGUUUACAUUUGGGACUGCUCUGCAGCCGGACAUCUCUUGCAAAACUUUAACAUGUUUGCAGAGAGGCGGGACCAAGAGGCUAUCAUGCACGGCGGUUAUCCAGACGGUCGCCAGCCCUUCAUGAACUCCCUUCAGCUAGCGGCUUGUGCUGCGCAUGAACAACUCCCCUCUUGUCCCGAACUUCCAGCCGAUGUCUUCACCUCAUGUCUCACCUCCCCCAUCGACAUCGCACUUCGUUAUUUUAUCAUGACCCACCAACUCCCCAACAACAUCACCGCCGACAUGGUCGUCCAACUCCCCGGAGAUCUAAAAGACAGGCGAACGCCACUGGGCGAACUAAAUUGGAUCUUUACAGCCAUCACGGACACCAUUGCUUGGACGACGUUUUCGAGGGAGAUUUUCACCAAACUCUACCGAUCCGACCUUUUGAUCGCCUCCCUCUUCCGCAAUUUCCUACUCGCAGAACGAAUUAUGAAAAACUAUCACUGCACACCCCACACAUGGCCACCUCUCCCGCCUACCAAUACCCACCCUCUUUGGGCGACAUGGGAUUUAGCUGUCGACACAUGUUUACGUCAAUUGCCGGAUCUUCUUUUCAAGGGAGGAGUGACUGGCGGCCAUCUCGCGAACGUUGGGACAAGACCCGGGAAGAUUGGUUCGACCUCGCGACAAGACCCCAACGCGAUCCCAGCCAGAGGCUCUGACAAGCCAUACGUCUAUCAGCCCAGCCGAUUCUUCGCCGACCAACUCACUGCAUUCGAAGUAUGGAUUUCGCGAGGUGGCUCAGCGUUGACGAGGAAGGGUCCUCUCUCACUCCCCCAAGCAACUGAUCGGGCAGGAAAUCCGGAGGAACCCAACCCAAGGAGCGAGUACGACGGGGUUCCAAGUCACCUCGUUCCUAGGAAACCCCCGGACCAACUCCCAAUCGUCCUUCAAGUGCUGCUGUCCCAACCCCACAGGUUGCGGGCGCUUAUCCUUCUAUCCCAAUUCGUUGAUCUUGGACCAUGGGCAGUGCAUCUCGUCCUUACUAUCGGCAUCUUCCCAUAUAUCUCCAAACUGCUUCAAGCAGCGGGACAGGAUCUCCGUCCAGUGCUCAUCUUUAUCUGGGCGCGAAUUCUCGCAGUCGAUCCAUCUGUCCAACACGACCUGUGGAAUUCGGGAGGAUACAAAUAUUUCGCCAACAUCCUCGCCAUCAAGAACGAUGAUGUCCUUCCCAAUAGCUCGGAGCAUAAGGCAAUGUGCGCUUUCAUCCUCUCCGCCAUUUCGAGAGAUUUCCCUCCAGGUCAAGAAGCCUGCCUUCGGGACGGCGUUUUCGACAACUGCUACGACCGCCUUGACGAAUCAGACUUCCUGCUGAGGCAAUGGACUGCCUUGUGUAUCGGUCAAAUCUGGGAUGGGAACGACGAGAACAAGGUGUACGGAGUGGAUAACGGGACCCAGGACAAGCUCAUUGCGAUGCUGUCAGACGACUCGGCUGAAGUCAGAUGCGCAGCGCUAUUUGCGUUGGGCACUUUCCUUGGCGCGAGCGGCUCAUCGGAUCCUAACAAACAGGGCGGCGGUGGAUCGGGAACGAUGUAUCAACUCGAGGAGCGUGUUCACUUCAGGAUGGAGGUUGCUGUCGUUACAGGUGCAACCCUCGCCAUCAAGGACGAUGCAAGCCCUAUGUGUCGAAAGGAAUUGUUGGUCGUGAUCAGCACCCUCGUCAAGGAGUGGCGCGGAUGCUUCGUGGUUUGUGCGUGGUUGUAUUGGGAGGAGGAUAGGAAGUGGAGGACGACUGGUGCGCCUUACUCUGCGGACGAUGAGUUGACCAGCCACGCCGUCGCGGAAUGGUUGGACGGAUUCGACGACGAAUCUCUCCGGGAAGAGAAGCGGGUGCUUUUGUCUUCUUUCUUCACCAUCUUUGUCGUUCUGCUCGACCUCUCGGUUGACCCAUAUCAAGAGGUCGCAACGAACGCCCAAACGAUCGUCGACUACAUCAUGGCUCUCCUCCUCGAGUCUCCUUUCACCAAGUUACCGAGCUCGACUCUCCAUGCUGCACCUUGGUCACCCGAUGAUCCUAGAGGGUCACCUCAAAUGGCCGCUCGAUCCCGUACCUCGCUUUACCAGCCGGGUUCCCCUCACCCUGCCUCACCCAUCCGCAGCGAUCGGCCGGGCCUGACCCGUACAGAUACCAUGACUAGCACGAUCUCGUCUGGUGUCACGAACACACUUCGCCGGACGUCGUCCUUCGCCAAUGCGCUCAAGUCUUUGGCGUUCUCCACCAUUGACGAUGGCCGAACAUCAAGUUCCAUCCCUUCCUCAUCCCAGUUGAAACGCGACCCUCUUGAUUACUCCAGACCACCCUCUCCCAAUCUCAACGUCGCGCAAUACGCGUCUCCUUAUUCCCGUCCCACCACCCCUCCUGGUACCCCUCACCACCAUAGGCCAGUGAGCCUUCAGAACUCCUACGAGAACCUCCAGCCUCAGGUCAACUUUUCCGCGGCGGACGUGAUGGAGGCUCUCACAGAGGAAGACAUGGAGCGUCUGAGGGCCAGGAGACGGGCGUCUAAUCACGGCCGACCGCGCCAUCAUGGUGGUAUGCCCAGCCCGAGCAACAGCACCUUCUCCACGGAUUCCAACAGCAGCGUGAUCCUCGGUUUGGGAACUGGUGCGAGUAUCCGCGAUACGCUCCCACUCAAGAGUACCUACUUUGAUUGGUGUUGCGAGUAUUUCAAGGAACCGCAGAUGAGGCAAGCGGAGCCGGAUGAACCUGGUAGCAUUCAGUAUAACCACCAGGUUUGGAGGCAACAGAGGAAUGAACAGGUUCUCGUGGAAACAGCCACACAGAUCGCUGUCUCUGAAACAUGCCGCUGGGAUCGACCAGUUGCGCAUUUCCAAAUCGCUGGCCAUCCGUUGACGAUGGUGUUCCAUUCAUACGACCAACACCUCUUCGUGGCGAACGAACAUGAUAUGAUUGGUGUCUGGGACUGGUCUCAACGCAAGCGCCUCAAGUAUUUCUGCAACGGGAACCCUCGAGGCACGACCAUUACUUCGCUCGAAGUCAUCAAUCAAGAUGUUGGUGGCAUUAUUCUUACUGGAGCGUCGGAUGGCAUUGUCAGGCUUUUCAGGAACUACGACCCGACCGUGGAUCAGGGGCCUUUGCAGAUGGUCAGCGCUUUCAGGGGUUUGAACGAGAUGAUCCAGAUGCGUCAAGGAAGCGGCAUGGUCAUGGACUGGCGACAGUCUGCUGGAACGCUUCUGGUGGGUGGCGACUCGCGCGUAAUCAAAGUCUGGGACGCGCAGACGGAAACGCAGGGAAUGGAUUUGGAUACCAACUCUGACAGUCCUGUCACUGCCAUUUGCUCGGACCACGUUUCCAAUCAGACGUUUAUCGCCAGUUUCGCCGAUGGCGUCGUCAAGAUUUUCGAUCGCCGACUUGAAGACGAGGAUGCAAUCGUACGGACGUACGUUGAUCAUACCUCGUGGGUGCAGAACGUGCGAUGGCACCCAAGACUUGGUGGCCGAUUCCUCUCCGCUAGUGUGGAUGGACAAGUCAAAGUGUGGGACUUGCGUGGUGCAGAUAUGGCGACCAAGACAUGGGAUAUCCAGGCCCAUGGUCUCUCAGCGUUCGAUGUCCACCCAACAUCCUGCGUAUUCGCUACUUCGUCCGCCGUCUCACCUACGCAAUGGAAGGCCCAACGCGUCUCGGUACAUACGAUUGACAAGGCGAUUCACCUCUCUUCUAUCAACGCCCCCACCGGGCUCAGUGCAUACCCCAUCCGGCCAAUGCCAUCCCCUUAUAUACCCCGUUCUACCUCUCUCGUUUUCCAUCCUACAGAAAUGCUCUAUGGUGUCGGCGAACCUGACGGCUCCAUUCGUGUGAUGGGAUGCAAGUUCCCUCCCGCUCAGUGA